UCGGGUUAUAGCGAUAUCGGGCAAGGCUGAUGCAAAAGGUCACCGUGGGGUUGUUGAAUGAUUCGAUAACACUUGAUUUUUGUGCCCAACCUCGAAUUUACCUCCAGUCUCGAACUUCUAAACAUCUUCAUCAAAAUGAUUACCAUAAGUCCGUCACCUCUAUCCCUCAUUAAACCUCGCACAAACCACCGUUCACGUCAUUUGAAUCAUUUCUAUCGAUGCUAGACAUUCGAAACUGACAUCCAAAUAGAAGUACCCUGUUCCUCGGCGAACAUUGGCCCUGGAUUCGAUGUUAUAGGUCUCGCUCUCUCCAUAUGGCUCGAGUUAAAGGUCGAGGUCAUACCAUCAAUCACAUCCCAAGCACCUCUUAAUUGCAAAAUCACGUAUGAAGGACAAGGCGCGGAAGAGGUUCCCUUGACCGCUGAUAGCAAUCUCAUUACACGAACAGCACUAUAUGUUUUGCGAUGCCACGGACAGAGAAGCUUCCCUUCCGAGACUUCGGUUCAUAUCAUUAAUCCCAUUCCAUUGGGGCGCGGACUUGGGUCAUCUGGUGCCGCGGUGGUAGCUGGUGUUGCACUAGGCAAUGAAGUCGGAAAGUUGGGGCUGUCGAAGGCUAGGAUGUUGGAUUAUUGCCUUAUGAUAGGUAUUGCGCCAUUGCCUGUCAAGCUCGACAUAUCUAACACCUCAUACAGAAAGACAUCCAGAUAACGUAGCCGCAGCAUUGUAUGGAGGAUUUGUAGGAACAUAUCUCAACGAAUUAAGCGCUGAAGACACAGAACGCAAGGAGAUCCCACUCAGUGAGGUUUUACCUGAACCAGCCGGAGGAGUAGAUACCGGUUCCAAUCCUCCCGAACCACCAGUUGGAAUUGGGCACUACAUGAAAUUCCCUUGGGCGUCCGAGAUUAAAGCUAUUGCAAUCAUUCCACAAUUCGAAGUCGCUACAGCAAAGGCUAGAAGCGUCCUACCAUCUUCAUAUUCCAGGUCGGAUGUCGUUUUCAAUCUUCAAAGAAUUGCUCUUCUGCCUUCGGCUCUAGGAAUGUCACCGCCUGAUGCAGAGCAGAUCUAUCUUGCAAUGCAAGACAAGGUGCACCAACCUUACAGGAAAGGCCUGAUUCCAGGUCUACCAGAGAUCCUGCAAUCUGUCACUCCUAAGUCGCAUCCAGGCCUCUGUGGAAUAUGCUUAUCAGGAGCUGGUCCAACUAUUCUUGCGCUUGCAACUGAGAAUUUCGAUGCAAUUGCGAAGGUCAUACUGGAUACAUUUGCGAAGAACGAUAUCAAGUGCGAUUGGAAACUGCUAGAACCUGCACAAGAUGGUACAACAGUAACGUACAGCUGAAAAAAUGGAUAAUAGCAAACUGCUAGGUCCUACAAAGUAAGUUCGUUUGGAGACAUGAGGAAAUCUCAAGACACAGAUGCGCUAUCUUGGCUGAAUAAGCCGAGCCUCAUGCUAGAGAGGCAAGAAUUACUUCACCUAGCAUAGAAUAUCAAUAUCUGUACAUCCUAAUAUAAAUCGA